GAUGGAGCAAGCAUAUCGAAUUUAUCCGUGUCAACAGUACUGAAGAGAAAUGCGCAUGAACACCGCCUGCACGAGCGCGAUCUGCUGCAUCGAUCCGACGAUAAUCUGCACGCUUCGACUCGAGAAAUGCUUUGCGAUGACAAUACACUAUCCUCCAUUCAGCGCUUAUUCGCUUAUACGCAAACAGCGUCGUCUUCAGCCACUGCGUCAGAUCUUUUCACGGACAUCAAUGUGAUACAGCCACCAGUCAGAAGUGUUUUUGAUGUGACGCUAACGAACAGCGAACAAAACGACUCAAAGAAUCUCUCGUUAUCACUUAACUUAUCGAAGAGUGCUGCUGAUAUCGCCGAGCCAUCGUGCUCAUCAUCCACUCAUCUGGGUCAACGACAAGACGACAUGAAUCUGAAUCUGAUUGGUGAGUCGUCUUCGUCGCCAUCGAUGGAUCAAUCGAACAAUAAUCGUUCGGAUGGCGACGAUCGCAAUCUAACUGGGAGGUCAUCUGAAUCGAACGCGACUGAGACAUCGGCGAACGAUGAGCAUUCAGGGUCGAAAGCAUCGACCGAUAUUCAUUCGGUAUCAUCAACACUUUACACGGCCGAAGAGAAUCAAGCAGAGUUGUUGAACGAUAAUCGCAGCGAUAUCGAUAUCGAGUUGAAGGAGAGGUUGGAGAGUGAGUUU